AUGGCCUCGACGCUGAGAUUCGACGGGCAGGUGGUUGUGGUCACAGGCGCGGGGGGAGGACUGGGCCGAGCCUAUGCUCUGGCUUUUGCAGAAAGAGGUGCAUCAGUUGUUGUGAAUGAUUUAGGAGUGGACAUCAAGGGACUUGGUAAAGGCUCCUUAGCUGCUGAUAAGGUUGUUGAAGAAAUAAGAAGGAAAGGCGGAAAGGCAGUGGCCAACUAUGAUUCAGUGGAAGCAGGAGAGAAGAUUGUGAAGACAGCACUGGAUACUUUUGGAAGGAUAGAUAUUGUGGUUAACAAUGCUGGAAUUCUGAGGGAUCGUUCCUUUAGUAGAAUAAGUGAUGAAGACUGGGAUAUAAUUCAUAAAGUUCAUUUGCGGGGCUCAUUCCAAGUGACCCGGGCAGCAUGGGAUCACAUGAAGAAACAGAAAUUUGGAAGGAUAAUUAUGACUGCAUCGGCUUCAGGAAUAUACGGCAACUUUGGCCAGGCAAAUUAUAGUGCUGCAAAGCUGGGUCUUCUGGGCCUCGCAAAUACUCUUGCAAUUGAAGGCCAGAAAAACAACAUUCAUUGUAAUACCAUUGCCCCUGUUGCUGGAUCACGGCUGACCAAGACUAUCUUGCCUGAAGAUGCUGUGGAAGCGCUGAAGCCAGAAUACGUGGCGCCCCUGGUCCUGUGGCUGUGCCAUGAGAGUUGCGAGGAAAAUGGUGGCUUGUUUGAGGUUGGAGCAGGAUGGAUUGGAAAAUUGCGCUGGGAGCGGAGCCUUGGAGCAAUUGUGAGACAGCGGAAUCAGCCAAUGACUCCUGAGGCAGUGAAGGCUAACUGGAGAAAGAUCUGUGACUUUGAAAAUGCCAGCAAGCCCCAGAGAAUUGAAGAAUCAACUGGCGGUAUUAUCGAAAUUCUAAGUAAAAUAGAUUCAGAUGGAGGAGUUUCAGCAAAUCAGACCAGCCAUGUGGCAUCAUCAAAAGCCACAUCAGGAACUGGUGAAGCUGUUGGCCACACACUUCCUUCAUUUUCUACUGCUUACACGGAACUGGAAACUAUUAUGUAUGCUCUUGGAGUGGGAGCAUCAGUCAAGGCACCAAAGGAUCUGAAGUUUAUUUAUGAAGGACAUUCUGACUUCUCCUGUUUACCUACCUUUGGAGUUAUUAUAGCUCAGAAAUCCAUAAUGGGUGGACAAUUAUUAGAGAUUCCUGGGCUUUCAAUUGACUUAGCAAAGGUUCUUCAUGGGGAGCAGUACUUGGAGUUGUAUAAACCACUUCCCAGAACAGGAACGUUAAGGAAUGAAGCAAUUGUUGCUGAUGUCCUAGAUAAAGGAUCCGGUUUAGUACUUGUUAUCGAUGUCUAUUCUUAUUCUGGGAAGGAACUUAUAUGUUUUAAUCAGUUCUCCAUAUUCCUUAUUGGCUCUGGAGGCAUUGGUGGAAAACGGACUUCAGAUAAAGUAAAGGAAGCUGUAGCCAUACCUAAUAGACGUCCUGAUGCUGUACUUACAGACACCACCUCACUUAAUCAGGCUGCUCUGUACCGCCUCAGUGGUGACUGGAAUCCAUUACAUAUUGAUCCUAACUUUGCUAGUUUAGCAGGUUUCAACAAGCCCAUAUUACAUGGAUUAUGUUCAUUUGGAUUUUCUGCCAGGCAUGUUUUGCAGCAGUUUGCAGACAGUGACGUCUCAAGAUUUAAGGCAAUUAAGGCUCGUUUUGCAAAACCAGUAUAUCCAGGACAAACUCUACAAACUGAGAUGUGGAAGGAAGGAAAUAGAAUCCAUUUCCAAACCAAGAUCCAAGAAACUGGAAACAUCGUUAUUUCAAAUGCAUAUGUGGAUCUUGUGCCAACAUCUGAUGUUUUAGCCAAGACACCUUCUGAGGGUGGGGAGCUUCAGAGUGCUUUGGUAUUUGAGGAAAUAGGUCGUCGUCUUAAGGAUGUUGGGAACGAGGUGGUGAAGAAAGUAAAUGCUGUAUUUGAGUGGCAUAUCACUAAAGAUAGAAAAGUUGCAGCUAAGUGGACUGUUGACCUAAAAAAUGGUACUGGAAAAGUAUAUCAAGGCCCUGCAAAAGGCUCUGCUGAUGUAACAAUCACACUUUCAGAUGAUGAUUUCAUUGAUGUAGUCCUGGGCAAGCUUGACCCUCAAAAGGCAUUCUUCAGUGGCAAACUGAAGGCCAAAGGGAACAUCAUGCUGAGCAUGAAGCUUCAGACAAUUUUUAAAAAUUAUGCCAAGCUCUGA